CGGCGCCAUUCGAACCUUGCUCUGUAUUGCAAAACCCAAGAAACGUAUAAUUUUUUACACAACGGCUUAAUGUUCAGGAUGAACCGGCGGAAAUAUUUUCCUGAACAACGGAAGUGUCAUAGAGGUCGCCAUGUGAUUCGUCCUCCGCAUUUGUCCAAUGAGAACGCGCUCGUGUGGCGUAACAGGGACUUGAUGUCUAAUUCAAUUGAUGUAACGAUUCUAAAAUGACGAUUAUGUUAACAGUCGUCAACGAUGAGCUGCAAAAAAAUUUGUGAAAUGGCCAUGUUUUUAAUCAUGCACAGUGAAGAAGAGAAGCAAGACUACUCUUGAUUGCUCUGAUUAUUCUACACAGCCCAAUCAUGGCCGUUUCAGAUUUUCUCGGAGCUUUGAAGGACAACCCUUACUUUGGGGCUGGUUUUGGACUAGUUGGUGUGGGCACAGCACUAGCACUUGCUAGAAAGGGGGCACAGAUUGGCAUGGUGUUCUUCAGGCGCAAUUACAUGAUCACCCUCGAGGUUCCCAGCAGAGACAAGAGUUACCACUGGUUGUUGAGCUGGAUCACCAAACACGCUAAGCAUACUCAGCAUCUCAGUGUGGAGACCUCCUACAUGCAGCAUGAGAGUGGACGGGUCCACACACAGUUUGAUUUCCACCCAAGUCCUGGGAAUCACAUCAUUUGGUAUGGCAGAAAAUGGAUAAGAGUGGAGAGAACCAGAGAGAAACAGAUGGUGGAUCUACACACAGGAACACCGUGGGAGUCUGUCACCUUUACAGCCUUUGGCAGGGACCGGCAAAUUUUCUUCAACAUACUGCAGGAAGCACGAGAGCUGGCUCUGAAGCAGGAAGAAGGGCGCACUGUGAUGUACACUGCCAUGGGUGCAGAGUGGAGGCCUUUCGGCUUUCCUCGCCGCCGACGCCCUUUGUCCUCUGUUGUCCUGGAGAAUGGCAUAGCUGAGAGGAUUGUGGAUGAUGUAAAGGAAUUUAUUAGCAAUCCAAAGUGGUAUACUGACAGAGGCAUUCCUUACAGAAGGGGCUAUUUAUUGUAUGGACCUCCAGGAUGUGGAAAAAGCAGCUUUAUCACGGCGCUUGCUGGUCAGUUGGGUUACAGCAUCUGUUUGAUGAGCCUGAGUGACCGCAGUCUUUCUGAUGACCGGCUGAAUCACCUGCUGAGCGUGGCUCCGCAGCAGAGCAUCAUUCUGUUGGAAGAUGUGGACGCUGCCUUUGUCAGCCGGGAGUUACUGCAUAUUGAGAACCCAACGGCCUUCCAAGGCAUGGGGAGGCUGACUUUUAGCGGACUUCUUAACGCACUAGACGGAGUUGCUUCUUCGGAAGCUAGAAUUGUCUUCAUGACUACUAAUUUUAUUGAGAGACUUGAUCCAGCUCUAAUAAGACCUGGUCGUGUGGAUCUGAAGCAGUAUGUUGGACACUGUACUCAUUAUCAGCUCAAUCAGAUGUUCCAGAGGUUCUACCCACUGGAGUCUGCAGCUGAGGGAGAACGAUUUGCAGCAAAUGCACUAGCAGCACACGCACACCUCAGUGCAGCUCAAGUGCAGGGACAUUUCAUGCUUUAUAAAAUGGACCCUGCUGGUGCUAUAGACAAUGUUGCGAAGAUAUAAGAAUGAGGAUCAUUGGAAGGUAACUGGAGCAAAGACCUGAACUACAAAAAAAAUUGACUUCAAUAAAUAUCAAACAGUGAAUUCUGAUGGCGUUUGGCCACUUUCACAACAUGCACAAUAUCUAAAAUAAAAAAGCUGUGAAAUGUUUUA